GGGACACCAGAAUCUGACCUGGGUCUGAGUCCGGUGCUAUCACUUCACGCUUCCUUGACUAAGGUGGAAGGGGGGAAUAGAUCAGAGAGAGUCAGGGCUGACAGGGAUGGAGAGGAGGGAAUAAGCACGGAGAGACUCCAGGAUACGGAGCGUGGAUCUAAGUCCAUGGUGGAGAGAGUCAGGGCUUCUGGGUGGAGCAACUGGGUGGCCGGUGGUACCAUUUACUGAGGUGGAAAAGCAGGAUAUGAACCCGUGGGAAGAUGAAGAUUUUGACUUUGACGUGAAUCUGCUCGGCCUAGGUGGCAUCCCCGGGAGACGUGAGGAGACAAUCAGAUUCUGAAGGUCGGACCACUCCAGACUGUGGGAGCUGUGAGAUGCUUCCCUGUAAUCUUGAGUUGGAAUUUCCUGUGACCUUGUAGCAGCAAAAUGGCUUUUCCCUGCCGAAGGUCCAUGAAUCCCAAGACUCUGAUCCUCCUUCUGGUGGGUGUGAGUUUCUUGGCCCUGCACCUCUGGUUCCUCCAAGCCUCCAGGUCCCAGUGGGAGAAGAAAUGGGAUGGCUCUGCGGAGGCUGCCCCUGUUGCCCCUGUGGCCGUGCAGCCGUCGGCGUUCAGCUCAGGGUCCCCAUGUGUGGCUAACGACUCGGUCAACGCCACGGUCGACUUCGAGCAGAUGCCUGCACGCAUCCAAGACUUCCUGCGGUACCGCCACUGCCGCCACUUCCCCCCGCUCUGGGACGCACCGGCCAAGUGCGCCGGCCGCCGCGGGGUCUUCCUGCUGCUGGCGGUCAAGUCGUCGCCCGCCAACUACGAACGGCGUGAGCUCAUCCGCCGCACGUGGGGGCAGGAGCGCAGCUACAGCGGGCGGCAGGUGCGCCGCCUCUUCCUGCUGGGCACCCCGGCGCCCGAGGACGCCGAGAGCGCCGGGCGGCUGGCGGCACUGGUGGGGUUGGAGGCACGCGAGCACGGCGACAUGCUGCAGUGGGCCUUCACCGACACCUUCCUCAACCUCACGCUCAAGCACCUGCACCUGCUCGAGUGGCUGGCGGAGCACUGCCCACACGCGCGCUUUCUGCUCAGUUGCGACGACGACGUCUUCGUGCACACAGCCAACGUGCUCCGCUUCCUGGAGACGCAGCGGCCCGACCGCCACCUCUUCACCGGGCAGCUCAUGGACGGCUCGGUGCCCAUCCGCGACAGCUGGAGCAAGUACUUCGUGCCCCCGCAGCUCUUCGCCGGCCAGGCCUACCCGGUGUACUGCAGUGGCGGCGGCUUCCUCCUGUCCAGCCAUACGAUAGGGGCCCUGCGCACGGCCGCCCGCCACACCCCGCUCUUCCCCAUUGAUGAUGCCUACAUGGGCAUGUGUCUGAAGCGUGCCGGCCUGGUGCCCAGCAGCCACGAGGGCAUCCGGCCCUUCGGCGUGCAGCUGCCCGGCGCCCCGCAGUUCUCCUUCGACCCCUGCCUGUACCGCGAGCUGCUGGUUGUGCACCGCUUCGCGCCCUACGAGAUGUUGCUCAUGUGGAAGGCGCUGCACGACCCCGGGCUGAGCUGUGGCCACGGCCGGAGGAUCUCCUGAGGACGGCUGGGCGGGACUGCGGGAGGGGGAGCAGCCUCCACGCGUGACGCUUUCCGAGCUGAGAAAGCGUCUUCCCCGCUCCGGAUACCUUCUAUCCCCCCGGCUCCGGGGCCCCCGAUCCCCAGCUGCACACUGGAGUCACCUAGGUGGGGGGUGGAAAAGGUGGGCGUCCUGGCCCCGCCUCCACAGAUUCUGACUAUAUCGGCCUGGGGUGUCCUCAGACAUCCGGAUAUUUUUAAAGUUUCUCAGUCGAUCCGCAUGUGCAGCUGGGAAUGAAGCCACUGGGCAAGGGAUGUCUUUGAACCUUCCGGACGCAGCCCCAUCCCCCCGUCUAGGAGCCUGCCGCCGCCGGCUCCUGCACCGUCAGUGCGGACCAUGGAGCAAGGCACGUGCGAGGAGCCAGGAUGGAACGUCACCGACUGGGUGCAGUACACGGGGGGGUCAUUGCAAGUACGGAGCGAGCUGGGCGGACGGUCAGCAGACAGAUCCCCUCCCCCUGAAGUCAGUUCACGCUUGAGACCUGGAAAGCAACCAGGUCAGAGCUUGGGGGGUCUGACAGCCUUCCUCCCACCCAAUUCUCUCCCCCACUCCCCCACCCCCCAAUACCUCUGUGAGGUCAAAUUCCCCACUGUGCAAAGUGAGGCUCAGGGAGGACAGUGACUGAUCCAGGGUCAUGCGGUCAUUCUCAGUCCUCCCACCGCUGUGGUCCCCUCCACAUUCACGGACCCCAGCUAACAGCCUCUUCUAAUGGCCUUACCCACGCACACCUGCCCCACCAGCACUUACUCCCGGGAUGGGGGUGGGGCUGGGGGCACAGACAGGCUCCUUGCCAGGGUCUGGGCCUCAGGGUUGGUCAGCCUUGGGGAACCAAGCUGGGGGUUCAGGGUGGGAUCAGCAUGGGGGUCAGUGAGGAUGAAACUGUGAAAGACGCUGAUUGGGAAAUCUGGACAGUAUUUGGAAAGCCUGUGGAGGUCACUGUAUGGAACUAUGUCGGAGGUGGGGAAUCCGAUUAGUAGCCUUGAGGGACAAUGAUUAGGGAGUGUGCAGGGGUGACUGGAGUCUGUUGUGAGCCUCAGUUAGGAGGCUGGGGGCUCAGUGAUCAGGACUCUGAGGAUCGGGCGCUGCUCCUGACCUCCAGGAGCUAUCAGCCAUCUUGGCAAAGUCGGAAAAUCAAGGAAACCCCUUCGGGGUGAGGCAGAAAUGUGUAUCAAGGUCCCAGCUGUGGGAGACAGGAGGGACAACUUCAAGAAGGAAGGAGCCCGGGUGGGAAGUCAGGAGGCUGACCAAACGCCUUCCCUGCGCUCCGGACAAGGUCCAUUCCUCCCGCUGGCGGAGUCGAUCCGGACGGAAGCACAGGCAGUGUCCUGCUUUGUGGGGCUCCUCCUGCCUCUGCGUGUCCACACACGCUCUCAUCCCUUCACAGGAAAUGUCUUCCAACCACGGCCACCACCCACGUCCGUUGCAUCGUUUAGGAGGUGGCCAGCUGUGCGCCAAAACCCGCCACUCCCUCCCUCCGUCCCUCCCGGCGCGCGUCUAGACUACACUGCCCAGCGUCCGUUGCAAGGAGGCGUGGCCCUGUGACUGGGCUCUUAGAUGACUAGAGGCCAGGAGGAGCACACCUGAGCCCUGCCUCGCCUGCGCUCACCUUCCCCUUCCCCUGGAUCGGAACAUGGAUGGGCCUGUGACCCAGCUCUGACCUGGCCGAUGAGGACGGCGCUCCAGGCCUACUUCAAAACAAAGAACUGCUCUACCCAAAGUGUCAAUAGUGCUGAGGUUGAGAAACCUCUUUUCUCUCUGCAAAGACCCAGAGUCUACCCUGAAUCCCCAACAGACCUUCACCCGACUCCUGAUACGUAUCCUAGUGCCUCGGGGGUCACCUCAGCUUGAACGUGCUGUGGGCACCCGUCAGGCCUGCCCCCCACCCAUGGUCCCAGCUCAGUAAACGGCACUAUCAUCCCCUGAUUUGUCCGCGCCAUAAGGUGGGAGGUGAUGAUGCCUCUCAGACUCUCCUUCUCCCUCACAGCCCAUCUGCUCGAUCACCAAGUUCCAUUGAUCUUCCCUCCAAAAUGUCUCUCCAGUCGGUUCUUAUCUGUCCAUCUCUUUCUGCAUGGCGCCAGUCUGGCCUGGUAACCACCAGCUCUCACGUGGGCCAGAGCCCCCUAGGGAUCCACUCUCCACCUUACAGCAGCCAAAAGGCCAAUCUGGUCAUAACGUGGCCGCUCUCAAAAUCUAGCCCUGCUGUCCUCGGAUAGAGAGCAAACGCUUUCUGGGACCGGCGGUUUGACCUGCAUGACCUGACUUCUCCGGCCUGAUUUCUCCUCACUCUGCUGACCGUCUUGAGGUUCAGUGCACUCUCUCUUGCCCCUGGGCCUUCCACCAUGCUGUUACCGUGCCCGAAACAUUUUUCCACUCUCACUUCAUAUUUUUUUAAAGAUUGUAUUUAUUUAUUUGACAGAGAAAGGGAGACACAAGAAAGGGGAGCAGCAGGCAGAGGGAGAAGCAGGCUCCCCCCUGAGCAGGGAGCCUGAUGCGGGGCUCGAUCCCAGGACCCUGGGAUCAUGACCUGAACUGAAGGCAGACACUUCACUGACGGAGCCCCUCAGGCAUCCCCCCCACUCUUGCUUCAUUUGAUGUAACCUUGAGGUAAAGGUGAAAUGUCACUUCCAUGGAAAAGCCCUUCCCAACCCCCCAGUCCUGGGACACAGAGCUACUCCCCACGGUGGCCCCUGACACUCCACCUUGUUCCAGCCCUGAGUUCCCCAGAACCCCAGCACCUGCUACUGUGCCUGCAACAGCGCUGCAUUAGUUUCCCACUGCUGUGACGAACGACCACGCACGGGGCUGCUUAAACCCAUGCACACCUAUUCUCCUACAGUUCUGUAGGUCAGAAGCCCAACACAAGCUUCUCGGAGUUAAAACCACGGUGUCAGCGGGACUGUUUUCCUUACUGGAGCUCUGGGGAGAAUCCCUUUCCUGGCCUUUUUCAGCUUCUAGAGGCCCCUUCCUCCAUCUUCAAAAACCAGCAGUCUUGCAAUUUUGACUUUCCUGCUCUUCCUUCUGCUUUUAAGGACCCUGUGAUCACACUGGGCCCACUUGGCUAAUCCAGGAUUAUCUUCCUAUCCUAAGGUCAGCUCAUCAGCAACCUUCAUUCUGCCUCGACCUUACUUGCCUCUUCCCUUGUAACCUAAACUAUUCGUAAGCGCCAAGGGUUAGGGUGUGGACCUCUCUUGGGGGACAUUAUUCUGCCUGCCAGUGUCCAAUAAAUAUUUGUUGAAUAAAUGAAUGAUGAUUAAAUAAUAAACUGAAAUUAAUAAGUGAACAAAUGAACACAGACCUCCCUGGUGCAGAUUCUCAUGCUGGACCAUCAUCACGAAUCCUGAAUUCCCUUCUCCCGAGCUUCCAUUUAUCAAGGGCUUGUAACAGACAAGAAAACAAGGAUGCUGAGCCCGAGAGAGGACACCUUCCUUAUUCUCUAGAAAGUCUGACUUCUGUGCUUUGACAGCUUCCUCCCAUUUUCCUGACAAGCAGAUACAUUAUCCCCACUUUUCAGGUAAAGAGAUCAAGACUCCGGAACUUCACAACUCAGAACUCUGUAGUUACGGGCCGGCUGUGUCACUCUGGGUCCUGGUCACCCCUCCUCUGAAGCUGAGCUGCUCUGGUCACCAGGCCCAGGGAAGAGCAGCAUCCCGCAGAGCCCUGGCACCAUCUCGCCGCAUCUGGCCCUCAGGUAGGGCCCCACCCCACCA